AUGACUGACAACCAUGCGCGCUUCUCACCUGCGCUGGUCGAGACAAUCGCCGGCCUCUCCGCCGGUACAGUUUCUACUCUUGCAGUCCAUCCUUUGGACGUGAUCAAGACGCGCCUUCAAAGUAGCUCUUCCCUCACCAAGAAACAACUCAUAAUUAACCUCUUUCCAGUUCAGCGGAACUCGUCUCCAAGCCAUGUGAGAGCUUUUGGCAUCUUGAAAUCGCUGGUAGCCAACGACCGUCCAAUUCAGAGCCUCUAUCGGGGGCUGACCCCAAACCUGAUCGGGAAUGCAGGUAGUUGGGCAAUCUUCUUCUACUUCAAAUCCAUCGUCGAGGCGCAACUCCUCACCUUCCACAAUCGACCGACUUCCGACUUUUCGCUCCAAGAAGGUGCCUCUCAAGCCCGCAAAGGCCUUACACCGUUCGACUAUUUCCUCGCGUCUGGGAUAUCAGGGACCAUCAUCACAGUUUCUACGAACCCAAUAUGGGUUCUCAAAACCCGCAUGUUGAGCUCGGAUAAGGGGACAGCGGGGGCAUAUGAGAGCAUGUGGCAUGGGGCAAAUCAGCUGUGGAAGACUGAAGGGUGGAGAGGAUUCUACAGGGGCGUUGGCGUUAGUCUGCUGGGCAAUAGUCACGGUGCUGUCCAAUUUGCCGUUUAUGAGCCCACGAAGAACAUCUGGAGGAAGUAUCUAGCUAAAGAGCACCAAUUGAGCGGAAAGACACCAGCUGGGAAUCAUAGACAAGAGAAGCUCGGAAAUACGGCGACUCUGGUUAUCAGUGGUUCCGCAAAGAUCAUGGCAGGGACGGUGACUUAUCCAUACCAAGUCAUUCGCAGCAGGUUGCAAACUUAUCAUGCGGAUGAGAGGUUUGGGAAGGGGAUCUUGGGUGUUGCGACCAAGGUCUGGAGAGAUGAGGGAUGGAGAGGGUUCUACAAAGGCUUGGGGACGAACAUUCCCCACCUCCCAACGCCAAACGAAACGAGAGUUGUUGUCGCAGGUGCUGCGAACGUGGGUGUCAGGAUCCCAUCUUCCUGGCCACGACACCUAGAAGAACGCAAGGCAAUGAAAGAAGGCUUAAAUGACGCUAUAUUACAAGAGAAGACAGACGAUGUCGCAACUAUCUAG